AUGUUUCUGAGACGGAAGCCACCUCAAUUGCCACUAGUGGAGGAACUCCAACAGACAUACAAUGAUUGUUGUAAUUUAACUAUUAGAAACUUGACAUUGGAAGAGCAGAAUAAGGUUGAGGAUGCAUUAAAAGGAUGGAAGUCAUUACAUACGUCUUUAUUAUUUAAGAUAGAAGCAUUUGAUAAACAAGUUAUCAAGACAGACAGCGAAGAAGGCACACUUUUGGAGGAGUUGAAACGAAUCAGAGAUGAGAACGUUAAGCAUCUCAUUAGGUCGCAAUUAAGAAUGGACGAAAUCACACGGAAACAGAACACUAGUAGUAGUAAUAAGCCAGCAAUUAAGGUAACACUGGGGCAUCAGGGGUCCUCGAUGACGGUUCCGUCUUUAAGGGGUAAUGGGGGCCUGUCGUCGCGAUCGUUGACCAAUACGAAUGCAACUAACCAAAGAAGAAUGUUGAAGUCGUUGAGACCAGGCAUUCCUCAACACAAGUCGUUGAAUACCAAGGGAGCGGCGCAGGCGUCCAAGGCAGCAACUGUAUCAUGGCGGAAACCCUCGAAUAGUAAGGUACCUACCAUUAAACCGGCCAAGGAUGACAUGUUUGAGGAUUUUGAUCAGGAUUCGUUCGAAUUUUUUGAUUCCAACUGGGAGAAAGUCGACUCUCCGCCAAACUUGAUAGAUCUAGAUAUUCCAAUUAACGGUGAUAAUAACGAAACUGGCAACUAUCUUGGCCAGGGUUUGUCCAAUAAUGGCACGAAAACGAAUGGUCUCCAUGAUGUCAGUUCCUCGAUGGAAAACUUAACUAUUAACAACGAUUUCCCCAAGCCUAGAAUAAAUAAGCCAUCAGUAGGACAAAACUUGAAGUUACAGCCCAAGUUAUCGGACUAUGCGUCGAAAAGCACGUCAGAUAUUGGUGUGUCAUCGAAUGACGGAGAGAAUAAAGGUGUCUACAUGUAUAACAAGCCAAAGCCAUUGAAUAUUAAUAGAUUAAUGAAGGGUCAACAACAAAAACCACCAGCAUCGAGAAGUCCUGUCAGACAAUCACCGGCACCAAAAGCAAAACCACAACCAAAACUGCAACCAGUUUAUAAAGCCAAACCAGUGAUGAAACCCCCACAGGCUCUGACCCAACCUCCAAAGAAGCCAAAUAUUUCUUACAAUUACAUACCUGGAAGUCAGUCUGCAAAUAAGCCCAGACAGAAUCCGAAGAAGACUACAGCAACUACAGCAGCGUCUUCAACUGCACAAGCAAAACCUAGAACUGCUGCACCUAAAAAUAUCGGGAAAGACGAUGACAUACCGAUGUCGCCAACUAUGGAUGAUAUUUUAGGAGGAUAUGAUGACAAUAAGCCACUAGAUGAAGAAAUGGAAAAAGCCUUAAAAGACUCUUUGGACGAAACCGAUGACCCAAACAGACCUUUGGACGACGACGAACAAGCGACACUUAUUGCGUCCAUUAGAGGUAUCGAUCCAUUAGCAGCAACACAAAUCUUGAACGAUAUAGUUGUGCAUGGCGACGAGGUUUAUUGGGACGAUAUUGUUGGCUUGGAAAGUGCCAAAAACUCAUUGAAGGAGGCAGUCGUUUAUCCAUUUUUGAGACCCGACCUUUUCAAGGGUUUGAGAGAGCCCACAAGAGGAAUGCUUUUGUUCGGACCUCCUGGUACUGGUAAGACUAUGUUGGCUCGUGCAGUGGCAACAGAAUCGAAAUCGACGUUUUUCUCCAUCAGUUCAUCAUCUCUUACUUCCAAAUAUUUGGGAGAAUCAGAAAAGUUGGUCAAAGCUUUGUUUUUGAUAGCUCGGAAGCUCGCUCCCUCAAUUGUUUUCGUGGAUGAAAUAGACUCACUCUUGAGCUCAAGGUCAGACGGUGAUGCUGAGAGCUCAAGAAGAAUCAAAAACGAAUUUUUAAUCCAAUGGUCCGAGCUCAGCAGUGCUGCCGCGGGUAGAGACAAAGAUGACGGAGACGAUGUCUCCAGAGUAUUAAUCUUGGGUGCCACAAAUUUGCCGUGGUCCAUCGACGAGGCUGCGCGCAGAAGGUUCGUCAGAAGACAGUAUAUUCCCUUACCCGAGGAUGAGACCCGUAAAUCGCAGAUCAUCAAAUUAUUAGCCCACCAGAAGAAUACUCUUCUGAAAGACGACUACAAUGAACUCAUUGCUUUGACCAAGGGCUUCAGUGGGUCGGAUAUUACUGCAUUAGCCAAAGACUCAGCAAUGGGUCCAUUACGGUCGUUGGGUGACAAAUUGCUUGAUACCCCAACAGAGAAUAUCCGCCCCAUAAAUCUAGACGACUUCAGAGCUAGUUUGAAUUAUAUUCGUCCUAGUGUACUGAGCGAAGGUUUAGUUGAGUACGAAAAUUGGGCGGUCAAAUUUGGCUCAUCAGGCGUAUAG